ACGUCACAAGCUCCCCGCUUCGUGGACGAGCGUGUUGCGUGCGAGUUAAAAGGAGAAUGUGCACGAGACUGGUGACGAGGUGUGUGUUUCCGGAUAUUCUUCCGGAGGGUCAAUCAGUUUGGAAACUCACUCUUUUUCGACCGCGAUAAAAUAACUUAAAGAAAUGAAGCUGGCGUUUGCACGACUCCAUGUGGAUACAUCUGCCACCAAAGGGCUUAUUGAGUGGUAUUGUCAACGACUGGGAAUGAGUGUGUUAAAGGAGAUGCGAAGUGAAACCGAUUUAAUACACUGGGUUGGUUUCGAAAAUAACUCGGAGUCAGCAUGUAUUGAGUUUCGGUCUCACAUACAGCAAGCCAGUCCACCCAAGCUUUACGUACCAAAUCCAUCUUCUGAUGUUUACUGGAAGAUUGGACUAUCUCUAGCUGAUGUGGACACCGCGCGGUCGCACCUCAUAAGUCACGGGGUCCAUGUAACUCAACCCAGACAGUUUCGAGACAUUGGUUACCUAUGCCACUUGAACGACCCUUUUGGGUACUCCGUAGAACUAUUGCAACGUGAUUUCCAACAUAACUUCUGUUCUGAACGGAUAAAAAGCUUCCUUAAUCCAACCUUCGCUCUACGUCAGCAAACACACGUGGGUCAAAUAACUCUUCGAGUCUCAGACAUCGAAAAGUCCCUCAGGUUUUACGAGUCUUCGCUGGGAAUGAAACUUCUUUCGAGGCAAAACAUUCCAGACAUGUUUGAUCUUUACUUCUUGGCUUGUACAGAUGAAAAACCACCAUCAGAUAACGUGAAUGAUGUAGAAAUCCGCGAAUGGCUUUGGAAAAGACCCUACACAACUCUCGAGUUGCAGUACUGGACUGUAAAACGCUGCAAGUUUAACAAUCCAGACUUGGACCGCCAUAGUGGCUUUGGCGCGCUUGUAUUCACAGUCGAUACACCCCGAUUUGAAGAGCUGAAAACUAAUCUUAAUGCUGUGGAAGAUGUCAGCCAAAAAUACCCAGAAUAUAAGAGUAGUGUGCUCCAAUCUAUCGACCCUGAUGGCACACGCGUGUUGUUCCUUCGACAAUGAUUUUCACACAGAAACACCACUCGACCCUUUUUUAACUCUAAACUUUACUCUAAUUAGUAAGUAUUGAAUCACAUGAAUUCAAAGUCGCUGUAGAGAACUGAACAUUUCCAGAUGUUACGGAUCAAUCGCAGUUUGUACUUCUAUAGAACCAAAUUUGGCUGGUAAACAUUGAGUACAUUCCACCCCUUGACCAGAGUCCAUGAAAUUUAAACCUGGUGUUGAUUUUAUGUUGUAUAGAGGUGUUUCCUGUGGCUUUAUCUGCAGUAACGUAGAGCUGACAGAAAAAAAAUUAAAGUAGUACCAGGUCUGGAUUGGUCAGUGGUAGAGAGCCUCCAGUAUAUUAUCUGGAGAGUCAAUCAUUACUUUUUGGAAUACAUAGUUUCCCUUUGUCUGUUAGCUGGAUAAAGAAACUAUGAUCAUUACAUGGCUGUUUAGUGUAAGUUUAAUUUGCUUCAAAGUUUACUGUAGUUCACAAAGAAGCCGUGUGGCAACUAAUAAAUGGAUAAGAGGAAACUA